AUGGCACGACUCAACACAGCAAAAUCGGAGCCCAUGCAAGGCUCUCCUCGAAAGUCAAGAUUAAACGACAAGAUCCAUGAGUCAUACGAAACUUCAACCACCGAUCGACUGCCGAAAGUCCGCUACCCCCAGGUCACCACGCAGAAACAGAAAAAGGGAUCGGGCGCCAUAUUCGAUAUCUUCGCCGAUGCCGACCAGUUCGAUAGCACAAACCUGGACACGGAUCAAAGCUCACCAUCCACUUCACCUACAAAGCUGAAGAGAACAAGAACCCUGAAAUCGGCCAAAACCAAUUCUUUACUCCUUCCUCUGAACCAGCGACCCAGCCAUAGGACCAAUUUCAAGGUCGAGACAGACGACUAUGACAAGGAAAAUGAUCUCACGGAAUAUGGAACCGACUCCUAUUCAGCCGUAGGAAGCCCUGCUUCGUACCGCUCGAUGGUCAGCCAAAAUGCAACCAGGACACCUACCAGAAGCCGAACGAUGGAUACAUCUUUCAACCACCAAAGCCCCGAAGUUGAGGAUACGGAGAACUUUGGUGACAAUAGCUUCAAUUCCUUAGACGACUUCAUUGUCAGGGAUGAUGAGGAUCUCAGCUACCAACAGACCUCUGAACCUGAGGUAGAGAUAGAGAUACAGAGAAAGGCAACACCGUCUCCUCCCAAGCCAAGUCGGCGGCGGCUUAUGAGAGGGCGGCGGCCGGGCUCCCAAAAGGAGCACACAGACCAAGAUUUGUUUACCGGAGAAUCAUUGGCUUUGGAGGUGAAACUUCCUGAGUCAGUGAAAAUUCCUUCAAGUACCAGCCAGGUGUUUCAGGAUGCCCAUGACCUUUCGAUCAAGCUGGGAGGCCUUAACAUCGAUGAAGACAGCAAAAAACAGCCUCGGACAGGCACAAAAGACACCCGGCCUAAGUUGGACACUACAUCCAAAGCUGUCAAGUCUUCACCUAUCAACGAAAGGCCAAUCAUUAAUGUUGAUUCCUCUCCACCAUCUAUGAAGACUGAUGAUGCUCCGACCUUCCAAUUAAAGUCUCCAACAAAAAAGAGAUUCCACAUUCCACCCACUCCACACCGUGAAAGCAGCGACGCAUUCUGGGACCAGGAGGUCACCAACACUUGGAUUGAGCAACAUUCUCCGCGAAAGGUUCACAGCAUUGAGCGCUCUACAAUUGAGUUAUUACGUGACUUUGACGACUCAGAAAACGAAGGCAGCAGCCAGGACUCCAGUCUUAGUUUCUCUUCGAUUGGAUCUUCAAGAGAUAGCUCCGAGUCAAAAACCCCAAGCAAAACUGCUCUCCGAAAGGCCGAAGCUGCGGCAAGGAAGAAGGCCAAGGAAGACGAAAAGAAUCAAAAAUCUGCCUGGGAUAAUAGCAAGGACGCUCUUGCGAAAGACCUCCUUCAUGAACUAGAUCAACUGGUCACCGAUGGCGAGUUCUCCAGACUUACCAAAGAUUCUGGCGGUGUCAAGAUCAUCUGGAGCAAAACUUUGGUUUCAACUGCUGGUCGGGCCAACUACAAACACGGUCCCAAGCAGCCCGGUGGUCCCCGUAUCCAUACUGGUUCGAUCGAGCUGGCGGAGCACAUCAUCACCGAUGAGUACCGACUGAUCAACACUCUUACUCAUGAGUUCUGUCACUUGCUCAACUAUAUCAUCUCCCGUGUUACCGACAACCCCCACGGUGAAAGUUUCAAGAAAUGGGGCCAACGUUGCGAAGAAGCUAUGCGAGACCACCCAAUCUAUGGUGGCCGGAUCCACGUCACGACAAAACACAGCUACAAGAUUGACUUCAAGUAUGUGUGGACCUGUGUUGGUUGUGGUCAGACCUAUGGUCGCAAAUCCAAGAGCAUUGACCCAGCUCGUGUACGUUGUGGUCAAUGCAAGGGUUGUCUAGAGCAGACUAAGCCCAAGCCGCGAAACGUGUCUCCCAAGAAGAAGAACCCUACUGUUCGCGCUGCUAGCAGCUCAGACAGCCAAAGUGAUGACUGA